AUGACAGCAACCACCAACAGCUCAAUUCACAUCAACUUGGAAGACCCCAACUCAUCUACAAGUAGCCCACAACCGUUAGAACAACAAUUAAGUCCGUUAUUGCCUAAAGAGGCUGAAUAUGUUGAAAGGAAGAGGCCUCUAGCCAUUCAAGAAUUGCUAGAGAAAAAAAGAGCUAGGUUGGCAACAAUUCCGAAACAAGUUCAAAUUGUCGAAAAUGACAAUUCCAACGACCUCCAACACAUAUUUAAUAAAUUUUGCGAGACAAAACUCGACCAGAACAAAAAUAACGAGAACGAUUUUAACCAAAUAUGUGAAGAUAACGUCAUGUUUUACAACGCAAAUGGAGGGGAAGACGUCGAAACUGCCAGUUGUAGUUCCGGGGGAUGUCCCUCUUUUAACUGGGCGUUGUUUGAGGGCAUUUCGGGGUCCAUUACACCGUCAAUUAAUUCACAGAAACAACCGAAAAAUAGCAAAAUUAAUAAUAUGACGACGCCUUUAUUGUCUUCUCCCCUCAAAAAUUGUUUGGAAUUUUCGCCUACUUCUAGUAUGGAGAUUGGCGAUAAUGCUUUGGCUAAAUCUGUCCCUUGUGAUCGAAUUUUCGCCCAAGUUCCAGGCAGACUUUCCUUACUUUCAAACGUUGUGAAAUAUAAAAUGACUGUUGGAGAAGUGAAGAGGCGAUUAAUGGGACCUGAAUCUUUUAAUUUUAGCUUGUUAGGAGCAUUAUUGAGACGUGCAAAAAUGCCAGAGAAAAGUCAAAUGCUUAUAGAAGAAUUAAAUCAAGUCGGGCUUUCUAUCCCACGUGGAAGACGACGUCUCUCUCAAGUUACUUUGUUGUCUGCUUUAACUGAGGCUGAAAGUUUACAACUUGCUAAUGAUUUUAAAAAGAUUACAGAAUCCGAAUUCCCUACACGGCUAAUGGCUAUAGAAGCACUUGAUUCAUUCAAACAAUCAACUCCAUCAAUCCUUCCUGGUACUUGUGAUAAUGACAAUUUAAUUCGUCUACAAAAGUUGCAAGCUGCGAUUAAAUUAACUAAACAAUUUUUGGAGUUGAUGGGAAGAGAUACAAGUCCAAUGAUGGAAAAUAAUAUGGAACCACUUCUUGACGAGGAAUUACAAGCGCCUCUCUCAACCUUUUCAAUGUUAACCCAUGGAUUCGGCAACCCUGCUAUCCAAGUUGGGGUAAAUUGUUUUUUACGAUUUUUGGAAGAACAAGUAAAAAUAAUUUGUGAGCAACAAGAACAGAAAAUAAAUUUAUUCCCGAAUACUAAAUGAA